AUGAGCAUUUAUAUGGCUUCAUGGAAUCGGGAAUACCCAACAGGACGAAAUCCUCCAAGACGCUGCAACUCCAAAUGCGUGUCUGAGCAAACCUUCUUUCGGCUGGUUCAGUCAUUUGCAGUGGUUCUCUUUGAGUGCCACCAGAUGGAUGAUUAUGGACCGGCCAAGAAUCUCAUGACAAUGUGUUUCACCUACUACUAUAAUGGAAAAAAUCAACCACAGCCUACAGAACUUAAGGAGGAAAAACCAACAGGCAUCGACUCCUACCUAAAGUCUGCCAAUAGUUGGCUGGCUGAGAAAAAAGACAUUGCAGAGCGCCUACUGAAAAAUACUUCAGCCAAAACAGAAAAUGUGAAGGGCUUCUUUGGAGGGCUGGAAACCAAGUUCAAAGGGUCAAAUGCAAAGAAGGAAGAAGAUGAAGACAAACCUUUACAGAAACCGCCAAAGACUGUAGUCUUCAAGACUCCUGAGGAGAAGAAGGGAGAGCAGAUUUACUUGUACACUCACUUGAAACAGCAGCCAAUUUGGCACACCCUUCGAUUUUGGAAUGCAGCUUUCUUUGAUGCAGUCCACUGUGAACGAAGAAAGAGGUCACCGACAACCAGAAGGAAUGCUGGAGAGGAAGAAGAAAAGAGGGAGAAAUGGUGUCACAUGACACAGGAGGAACGAGAUGACAGCCUCAGAUUUAAUGAGAACAUCACUUUUGGACAGCUGGGCACGUUCACUCACAAUAUGUUGGCAUUUGGUCUUAGUCGUAAACUUUGCAAUGAUUUUCUGAAAAAGCAGGCUGUCAUUGGGAAUCUGAAUGAGGAGCAAUACAAGUUACUUAGUGAUCAUAUUGAACAAAUGACAUUCGAAUAAGUGACUGGAACCCUCUGCUGUACCGUAACAGAGGACAUCUCGGUGACAACACAGUAUUGAAGAAACAUCUGCAUGGCGUGUAGCAACCCUUGGCACUUGACCCAUUUUUGUCAUUAAGCCUUCUCCACAUAUGGCAGUUGCUAUUUACGGUGUGUGUGUGUAUGUGUGUGUAUAUAUAUAUAUAUAUAUAUAUAUAU